AUGAAGCAUCGCAUCCGUUCCGGGGUGCCACAAACGCGCACUCAGAAGCAAGACAACACUUUGCUCUUCCUGGACUAUUUACAUGCGGAAGUGGAGGUUGCCGAAACCAUCACUAGCUUCUUCGUCCGCCGCUGCGUUUAUUUUGCAUUUUUUGGGAAGCCUCCACAGCACGGACAAAUCCCAAAUGGAGAUCAACCUAUGCGGGACGUGCCGACGUCGCCGCUGUUUGUUGAAGAGGAAGAACGGGCUGACAGCCAUGAGCAAACUAUGCAUGCAGUCCCACCAAACGCGCCCACUGCAGAUAGUCGAGAUGAGCCACAAAGUGAUGUGGCCCGAACGCGAGAGGCAAGACAAAGCAUAGAACACCAGCAGCAGCCGAGCAGCGAAAAAGCGCGGGAUCAUUUGAGGCGUCGGCGAAGGCGGAAAAUUCAUGUACGCGGGCUUACAUCGCGCCAGGCGACAGAGAGGGUACAAGACGCCAUGGAGUGGGAUUCUGUGGACACGGAAACUUGUGAUCAUCAUAUGUCAGACCAACUUUCCCUCGGGGAAUCAAUGAUUGGACCAGCACCGAUCACUUCAGUAACAGCUCAUACGUACGAUUCCAAUAGCCCUCCAGACCCUGGAGAUGGAGAUGCUAUUAGUGAUUGUACGAGGAUCUCCUUGGAAGCAAAUGAAACCGAGCAAGGUCUAGACGAAGAAGCAUUGGCCGUGGUGCCAGAUCGACAAGAUGCUCUCGAUGAGCAGGCGAGGAUUAAUCAUGCGGCCCGGUCAGCGUCUCCAGAACCCGAGGCCGACCAUUUGUCAAAUGGCAAUGGCCCUUCCGGGCAGCAAGCGUUGGAUACAUACCUUGCUCAUUUAAGAUGGGCCCAGGAAGAGCAGGAGCGAUUGGAAGAGGAGUUGGAGCUUGAGCGGCUUAAUGAAGAGCUCGGUCUGUCCAACCAGGUGCAAGUUCCCCCAGUGGAUUCGCCUCCGCUUGAGGAGAGACGAAAUUCACCGCCACUAGCCGCCAGCAACGAGUCGGCGCUACAGGGCCACCCGGAUCUCGAACACCAAUCUUUUGCACCCAAAGUCAAUCACGAUCAAUUGCCAGUCUCCCUCCAUGAUGGGCAGCCAGAAUCCACGGUGCAGAACCCGGAUCAAAUCGGAGCAACGGUCUCACCUCAAGCACAGCAAGGGCUUGUUGAGAUUCAGUUCUGGGCAUUUGAGCGAGGACAGUGGAGGAAGUCAGAUCGUCUCCUCGUAGACCCCUCGGACCCAUCACCACUCGAGCGAGUUGCGCGAAAGUAUAUAUGGAAAGGCUAUUCACUGUACGAUGUAAAUCUGCAAAGUCUCAGGCCGGCGCAAUGUUUCCGUGCGGCCACCGCCGAUGGCGAGAAUUCCAUAUUCGUGAUUUCUGACUCCGAAGAGCGGGAGCUUGUCGCUAAAGGCCGACUCACCAAGGAGAGGCAACUUCUAGCAAUGGCUUCCCGAGCGCUGGAGAGGACGGAAGAGGAAAGGCCGGCUCGUUCUGUGAAUCCAAGGGAACCAUGA